AGAAAAAAAAACACCGCUGCCCGCUACCGGGCACCUUGCAAUUUGCUGGAUUCUUCAUCUUACUAUUCCUCCUGGGUUUAUGGUUCAUACUCACAUCCAUUGGCAGGAGAAAUCUCAUCAUUGACUUAAAUGAGGACAUGUAUGAGUUCUAUAUCUACCGUUACCUUCAGCGCAAGAGCACUCUGGAUGAAAUCUAUAUUCGCCUCAAGGACCAAAAAACCGCACAAGGAAAGUUUUACUAUAAAUUGAUCCUGAAUGGAACUUACAUUGAAGUACUAAGUCUGACUGGCAUCAAAUUCUCCAGCAAUCAAGAGAAACUUGAAAAGUUAGGAAUGAGACUGGCCUCGAAGUUGAACCUGAACUACUUUGAUUGUGUGGAUAUAUCGAGGAAACAUGUCAUCAGGCAUUGGCCUCAGUACAAACCAGACGAUAAAAAGAAGAAAAAGGGUUGGGCUUCAUUUGUAUAAGGACAAGCCUCUAAUUAAAAAAAAAAGUCUGUGUUGCUUAUACAAGGAAUGUCAUUACUAUUGUUUGGAAUGAAAUCUCCGUUUUCAUUACUUUGUUUUCCCCGAGACUCCUAAACUACCCGAAGAAUGAGUGUGUUCACGAUCCAGAGAAAUAGGAAAAUAUCUGUUUCCUGAUCCUCUGCUGAGAACCCAUUCUCAAAAAUCUUGGAUCCUUCUUGUAGUUUGGCAGGUGGGACGUGAAUUACCAAGAAAGACAGACAUUUGGGCAAUAAAUGCUGAGCAGCCAGUGACACCGCCCCCACAAAUGAAUAAACAAAAUAGGAAAAGCAAAGCAUUUAAUAUUUCAAGUGUGCUCUCACCAAACUCCUGUAUAAUUGUAGCACGACUCCCUCAUUUCUGUGCUCCAAACCUCUUACAAUAAAGGUUAAUGUG